CUAACAGGCUAACUAACGGUCAGCCCAGGAAGAUGAAUAAACUUUAUUAAUACCUUCGCUCGGUGACAUUAACAGACGGGCUGCUGAGUGACGUCAUGGACCCCCUGUUGGACUUUGAGGAGUGUAUUAAAGACUCACCUGAGUUCAGACUGACCCUGGAUCAGUUCGAGGCUGAUGUUUCCCUGGUGGAAGCGCAACUAAACAAGGUGAUGAGGCUGUGUGGACAAAUGGUGGAGGCGGGGCAAGCGUACAACUCAGCCAAUCAGGUGUUCCUGAGUGGCCUGGCUGAGCUCUUCGUGGACCACAAGAAGGACACAGUCGUCAUGAGCUGCCUGAACCAGUUCAGUCAGGGCCUGCAGGAGAUGCUGAACUUCCACACCAUGUUGUUGGAUCAGACUCAGAGAGCCAUCAGCCAGCAGCUCACCAACCUCUGCUCACAGUUCCUCCCUCAACUGUCGGAGACCAAGAAGGAGUUUGUUCGGAUCAGGGAGGAUCUGGAGACGGCAGCGGUGAAGAAUGCCCAGGUGUCGCGACAUAAAUCUGUGGAGGCGGAGCGGGCGAGUCACCUGCUGCUCGCCACACGAAAAUGUUCCCAACACUUUGCCCUGGAUUACUGUCUGCAGCUCAACUCCUUUAAGACUCAGCAGAAGAUCGACGUUCUAAACUCUGUGUUCUCCUUUGUGCACGCUCAGUUCACCUUCUUCCAUCAGGGCUUCGACCUGCUGAGAGACCUGGAACCUACCAUGAAGACCAUGGGGGCACAGCUAUCGCAGCUGUCGGCAAAUUGUUCUGCAAAAAGAAAAGAACUGGAGAACAAACACCUGCUGGUGCAGCAGAGAGACGCUUCAGGAGACCCUAUGAUGAGUCUUGGCUCUGAGAGCAGCACGGUCCUGCAGGGUUACCUGUUCAAGCGCUCCAGAAGGAAACCUAAGACCUGGAAGAGGUGCUGGGUUACCCUCAGAGACAAUCAGCUGAUCUACAGGAAGUCCCACAAGGAAGACGCCUCGGUUCUGUUCGAGGAUCUCAGACUUUGUGCCGUCAAACCUCUGGAGCACAUUGAGCGCCGGUUCUGCUUGGAGCUGCUCUCCGUCCAGAGGUGCUGCGUUCUGCAGGCCGACUCGGAGCAGCUGAAGAUGGCGUGGCUCAGCGCUCUGCAGGGCAGCAUCGACUUCGCCUACAGAGAGAGAGCGGACACACAGCUCACACAGGCGGGUCAACACACACGGGACACCACUCCAUGCCCCCCUUCUCAGAGGCAGGCAGCGCUGGGCGUGGCCCUGGGGGCCCCCGGGAACCAGCGGUGCUGUGACUGUGGGGAGGAGGAGCCUCGCUGGGCCUCCAUUAACCUGGGCGUCACGCUGUGCAUCGAGUGCUCAGGUAUUCACAGGAGUUUGGGAGUUCACCUGUCGAAGGUGAGGUCACUCACUCUGGACUCCUGGGAGGCAGAACAGCUGAAGCUGCUUUGUGUUUUGGGAAACGAUGUCACGAACCGGAUCUACGAGGCUCAGUGUUCUGAGGAGGGUCGGACCAAACCAGAACCCGACAGUCCGAGAGCAGAGAAGGAGGCGUGGAUCAGAGGAAAGUACGUGGAGAAGAGCUUCGUUCAGCGCAGCGCAGACCCUCCUGUUUCAGGGCGUCACAAAGACGAGGCGAGCCUGCGUCUGUAUCGGGCCUCAGUGGUAGGGGAUCUAGUUGCCAUGGUGACGGCCCUGGCUGAAGGUGCGGAGGUCAAUGGCAGCGUCGGCGAGGAGGAGGGCCGGACGGCUCUGAUCGGAGCGGCGGUCGGGGGGUCGCUUUUGGCCUGCGAGUUCCUGCUGCAGAACGGAGCCAACAUCAACCACAGAGACCUGAGGGGGCGGGGAGCGCUGCACGCCGCCGCCACCGCCGGUCACACCGGACAGGUGUGUCUGCUGCUGAAGAGAGGAGCCAACCAGUACGCUGUGGACGAGAGGGGGCAGGACCCGCUGGCCAUCGCCGUGGAAACGGCCAACGCAGACAUCGUCACGCUCCUGCGCAUGGCUCGGAUGAACGAGGAGAUGAGAGACACUGAGGGGGUCUUCGGUUCUGCAGGAGACGACCAGACAUUUCAGGACAUCUUCAGAGACUUCAGCAACAUGGCGUCACAUGACCCCGAGAGGCUCAGCAGGCGUCAGUUUAGCCGGAGAGGCGAGGAAGAGGAGGACGAGGGAGGACUGAGCGGUGUUGGGAAUAGAUCUGAGUGAAGGAAGCUGUCUGCGCCUCUGGUUGCCGUGGUAACGCUUCAGGUGGAUCUGUUAAACGGUGAAGACAGGAUGAAAUCUGCCGUAUGGGACCAAUCGUGAAGAUGAUGAAGAUGAU